UAUUAAACUGCUCCCCGAGAGCUUUCCUGCUGCUGCAAUCGUUGAAAAGAUACCAUUUUUUGCGACCCGCAAUUACAAAGUGGUCGAUACAACCAAGUGCUUGGAUUUUCACAAAAGCAGACAACUGGCAACAGGUGCAACUUUUUCUUUUUUCUUUCUUUACUAAAAAACACCACAUCAACAAUUUUACCAGGAGCCAGUAGGCUAUACCUUAUUUUUUAUUUCUAAUAGCCUACGCUUUACAGAAGGCCUUGUUUACAGAAGCUUUGUCCAAUUGGCAGAUUGGUGACUGGGGAGCUGGUGAAAGAGAGAGCCUGGGACACUUGUGGGCCAUGUUGACUCUGAGCUGUGCAGACACCUGGCCUGAGGGCUCUGUGGCGCUGGAGGAGGAGGUGGUGACUGCAGCUGCGCAGGCUGAGGAGCUGGAUGGGAGCAUCACCUCGAGCAGCAAUGGCUGCAGCAGCUCAGUCAGCCUGGACGACAGCCUGACCAGCCUCCAGUGGCUUCAAGAGUUCUCCAUCAUAAAUGCCAGUGGAAACCAACAGGUGCCUUUCUCCGGCCAGAACCAGCAUCCCCUCUGUGGGCAUCAGCGCCUGGUGGGCUCUGAGGCUCCGGCCUCCCCCAUGGCAGCUGACCCAGCGUCAAUGGGGAUGCCCCAUACCCCAGGAAAGCCCACGUCUGCUGCCUUUUGUAGGGGCCCCUCCUCAUCUGCCCUCCUAGGCUUGGUCACUUAUGGCCACUGCCCAGAAGAGGUGGACUACAAGACCAACCCCCAUGUUAAGCCACCUUACUCCUACGCCACCCUCAUAUGCAUGGCUAUGCAAGCCAGCAAGAAGUCCAAGAUCACCCUGUCCUGCAUCUACAAGUGGAUCACUGACAAUUUCUGCUACUUCCGCCAUGCAGAUCCCACUUGGCAGAAUUCCAUCCGACACAACCUCUCCUUGAACAAGUGUUUCAUCAAGGUCCCACGGCAGAAGGACGAGCCAGGUAAAGGAGGCUUCUGGAAGAUUGACCCGCAGUACGCCGACCGGCUGCUGAGUGGCGCUUACAAAAAGCGCCGUCUGCCCCCGGUGCAGAUCAAUCCUGCCCUGCAGGCCAGGGUCAGGCCAGGGCUCCAGGCUCGCCCUGUGGGUUCCCUGCCAGCAGUCAGUGGACCAGGAGAGCUGUCCAUCAGCCCAGAGUCCCAGCAGCUCCUGCAAGAAUUCGAAGAGGCCACAGGGGUAGACCAGAACUGGGACCCGUGCAGUGCGGAGGGCAGCAUGUCUGGGGCCUGGUUGUCAGGGAAGGGGUGUGGCUACAAGAGGAAGCAGCCAAUGCUGCGCAGGACAUCAGUGGUGAAAGCCCCUCGGCGCUCCAGCUCCCCCUUACUGUGUGUCGAUGAACAGAAGGAGCUGGGGUCCCUGAAGGGAGAUUUCGACUGGGACGCCCUGCUGGACUCGGAGCUGUGUGGCGAGCUGAGCCUGGACAGCACCUGCCAGCUCAGCCCCAUGGAGCGGGACGAGGACCUGACGGUGCGGGGCAGGCACAUUGGGCGCCCACAGCAGUGGAGCCCCCUGGAGGCCUCCGCUGACAGCAGCGGCAGCCACAUCCUCUCUGAGACCCAGCAGAGCAGCUUGGACUUCGAUGAGGAGACGUUCCUGGCCACCGCAUUCUUGCAGAGCCCCUGGCCUGAAGAAGACGAGGGAGGCCUGGAUAAACGUACCGACUUUCUCUGCAACUCCGGAGUAAACUUCGACCAGCUGCUUGACCUCGGAGACUCAUUCAGUGGGGACCUCAGCAGUAAGAUUGAGUCCUUUCUUUGAGAAAAAGGCGUCCCUUCCCACUCCCUUCCAGGGAAAACUGACUUGUAAGAAAACAGAGAGGUCUAGACUGUUACACCUCUCUAUGCACAUUCUCAUUCAUUCCAGGCAUCAGCCUGCCAUCCAGAUAUUUGAGAUGGUGACUGUUCAAGUUGUCAUUUUCAGCGAACUGUCAAGUGCUGGUUCUCUUGAGAUUGAGCGCAGUUCAAAAUAUCCCAAAAAAGGUUGUACAAACAUUGAAUGCAAACUGCAUGUAGACCUGGAGUCUUACUAAUGUGUUUUCAAGAAAUCCAUUCUAAUACUGAAUGAAAGUUAGUGAAUACUUGGAUAAGGCAUUUCAGGAAAUGCACAGGGCUAGUCCUGCCUCCGAAUCAGGAUAAUGAGGUUGCCUGGUGCUCUAUAUGAAAAAGUGCACAGGGCUUUGUCUUUGUUUACUUGCUGUGUCUAAGGGUUCCAAAGUUAUUGCAGCUAUAACCAUUUGUGAGUAUCAUGAUUGUUCAUAUUCGUGUACAUGUAAUCAUCAAGUCUCAAUUACAGCAAUGACAGAAUGCAAUAUUAGAGUUUACAAAGGUUAAACCUUCUUUGUCAUGGACACUGAAAAAGAGAAAGUACUCGUAGUGCUUUCCAGAUGUUGGUUGUCACACACCAGUCUGCCUUUGGUAAGGCUGAAAAGCCAUGCUGGAUUUCUGGAAAUUCCCUGGAAGUCAGAGGGGACUGACUGAUUUAUUGUCAGGAGUGACCUGAUGAUGGGUAUCUCCUGUAUGGACCCAGAGGGGCAAGUUGGGCAAAUGAUAUCCAUGGUGAAUUAUAAUUACUUGUAUCAAUAGUAGGCUAUUAUAGUAAUAAUGACAUCAAAAAAAGAAAAUGUGCCAAAUCAUUACAGUUUGAAAGUGGCUGCAUCUUUGUUUUGUUAUAUAGGUCUGCCUGCUUUCAGAAUGUAUAUCAGCAAAUGAUAAAUGGCCCUUCACUAUGCAGAAAAAAGGGGGGAAAAAACACGAGACAUACUAUGUUUUCACACAAACGAGUAUAAAGCACAUACAGUAGGGGUAGGUUUCAUUUCAACUUUGGGGGAGACGGGAGACUGGGAAAUAUGUCACCCCCAAUAUUUUCAUAUAAAUUAGUUGUCUGGGACAGUUAAUUCAUAUGGAAAUAUUGGAGUGACAUGUCUCCCUGUCUCCCCCCCAAACCCUGUCUCCCCCCCAAACAUAUGGAAAGACAGUUAUAUGGCAUAAUAUGACGUAUCUCAGGCAGUCAGCAAGUGUGUUCUUUUUGACAGGACAUGAGCAUUCAGUAAAUUAAUGACCAUUAAUAUCACUGGAUUCUUUUGGCUGAAAAAUUAAUCAAGGAUCAAAAAUAGUAAUUCCAGAAUGAUACUACAGUUGUGGAGGAUAUAUAUAUAUAUAUGGAAAUAUAUCUUAGUACAUUGAAUACCAAACAGCAGACUGAGCUUAUGCAACUUUCAUUUAACUGAAAUGAUAGCUUUUCUGCAUUUGGAUAGCUAAAGCCAAGGAAUUAUCCUCAGAAGCACCUCCAUUACUGAGGAAUACUCAGAAUACACAUCAUAAGCGUAUACAAUGUGCCAUGUCGAAAAGGGUACAAAGUAUGACUGGCAGGGCUUGUAGUGACUGUAUUGUCUAGCGCACUUACUGACUAAGCAUUGUAAGCUCACAAUCUUACUAUGUCUUAAUAUGGAGUUUAGGGAUCACCAAAUGCGCUCUGAUCUGGCUUGGGGUAUGUCUUUUUACAUAAGAUGUCCCAUAUAUCUACUGAAUACUCAAAUUUGUGUCUUCAAACUUGGCUUGAAAAUAUGCAGACUUCAGCUUUGUGGUGACUGGACCACAACUAGGACUUAUGGGAGGGACAUUUGCUUUGCUUUUUGUGGAAAAUUUUGACUCAACUACAGAAUUAAACCUGAAUGGUCAUUGGAAUAUAACAAUGCAGUCAUAGUAUGAAUACUAAAAUAUUGUGUUUGGUAACAUCUAUCUCUGUGAGAAAUGAGUGUUGUUGUAUCUAGUGUUUUGUGCAGUAUAGAAUAUGAGGUGUGUGUGUAUUACCUAUUUAGGUAAACUGCUUCUGAAAAAAAAAAAUUUCUUCUUGAUAUAAUUAUGAAAUAAUUGACUAAAAAUAUCAAGCCCCACUUUUCUGUGAGAACAAUAACUCUACAGUUGGUCUGGUGUAGGAUGGCUCUUAUUGGCUAAAGAUUUGUAGCAUGAAAACAUACCCAAUCUGUUCUUCGAUAGGUCCAUGGGAAUUUUAGUGGCUGCAGUGCUUUUCAAGAAAAUGGAAAAACACAGAUUCCCAUAUGCUCUCCCUGUCAGCUCACCCUGAUAGGAAGUAAGCGCAGAGGGGGCCACUUUGUCAUCCUAGUGCAGCUUAAAUCGCACUCCCAUCUCCUCAAAGUUCUCAUCAUGUAUGCAUCAUCUCUGAAAAUCUGUUUAUUUUGUUUGUCAUUGUGUUCUCCUUCUUCUUUGUAUUGUGUUGGUUUCUUAUGCUGGGAUAUGCAGUUUCAUGUGUGCAAUUGUAAUAACCAUUCUUUUUUUCUUUUUAAGUUUUAUUUACAAUAAAAUACUUU